GAUUAGCGCUAGAUAAUAAACGAGCGUUUUAGCUCCCUAGUUUGAAGCGGCUUCGUUCUGAACGAUCGCGAUCGCCGAUUGUUUCCGCGGACAAAAAAAAAUUGGUUCCGGUCUCGGCAGCAUGGCGCCGCUCGCGUGAAGCCGGCGUCUGGAGCAGCGUGAGUUGUGCGACACCGAGAAUGAGCAAGGUGGUGAAGAGACGUGGUGCUGCACGGCCCAACCGCGGCGGUGGCCGCGGGAAUAAGCCGAGAGGCAGUGCCUCCAGGGGGGGCGGUGGCCGGGCUUGUGCGAGUCCAAAAAAGAACACCAGCCACUUUUGGGAUGAUGGCGACGAUGACUUUGUGCUAGCGCCGAGGUUCGACGGUAUGCCUAGGUCCUCUGGGGCUGGUAAAGGAGGGCAGGGUGGUGGUGGUGGUGGUGGUGAAAGGGGUGGUGGUGGUGGUGAAAGAGGUGGUGGUGCAGGAAAAGGUGGAGCUCGGGCGGGAGGUGGAGGCUCUGGAUCAAAAAGCAAGAAUGGGCUGGGCGGUGGCAGUGGCGGCGGUGGUGGUGGCGGUGGUGGCGGUGGUGGUGGCGGUGCGGGAGGAGGUGGUGGCGGAGGAAAAAGCCGUGGGGGGGGGCGACAGGAGUCGCGGGUACCUCUGCAGAAGCUGCGCAUGACGAGUGCUAACCAGGAGCACGUCAAAGAGCUGCUCCGGGUGCUUCAAGGACAGGAGCCUGAGACAGAGGACAGCGAUUACGAGGAGGACGAGUCGCGAGGCGAUGAGGAGUACUGGGAGGCGGACCAGGAGUUGCUGGUGGAAGAUGUUGUGAACCACUGCGAGAGCCCUCGGCCUGAGCCCAUUUCUCAGGCUCAGGUGUCCCCCUUCGCCGUGCACAACCUCACCAGGUACGGCUUCGACAGGUCUCGCUGCGAGGCCACUUUGCGCCGAUGCGACGGAGACAUCGGAGCUUCCUUGGAGUUGCUGCUGACCCAGUGCUUCCAGGAGAGAUUUCCAGGAAGUUUUAAUUAUGCUAACGCUGACAUUUCCUUGGACGACUGCUUGGAACAACGGAAGGAGGAGGCCUUCGCCCUGGAGUCCAUCUUCGGCUCAAACUUCAUUGAGCGAAUUCCGAACAGGGUGUGGCUCGUCAGCCUAGAGCUGGGCUUCCUAACGGACAAGCUGAAGAACAAGGCCCCUCACCAGAUGCAGAGGGCCGACGAGAGGCUCAAGGAAGACGCUGGGCCCGUGUGCAGGUUUUACCUACGGGGUGGCGGCUGUCGCUUCGGGACACGCUGUCGGCAGAGGCACGUGGCGCCCACAGCCGACGGUACUUCGGGAGGAAAAUCUUCCAUCGCCGAGCCGCCUCAGUCCAUGUACCAGCUCGAGAUCCGCUUCCCCGCCAACAACCGCUACCCGUGCGUAGCUCCUCUUGUGGCGUUCGUGUCCAGCAACGUCCUGCUGCCGGCGUCGUUCUGCUUGUACGCUAGCGAGCUGCUGUACGCCGAGGCGGGGGCGCUGGCCGCAGAACGGCUCCCGGCCGUGUUCACUCUCGCCAUGCUGCUGCAGGAGAACGAGGCCAGGGUCACGGAGCUCCUGAAGAGGGCGGAGCACAGUUUUAGCCUCCCCGCGCCACAGCUGGCUCCGAUCAAGACGCCGCAGCCGGCCUCGGUCGUCAAGGCACCGCCGCAGAGCGCUAUCGCCAGCAGAGCACCCCGACCCAGAGAAGAGUUGGAGCCGCGCCCCCAAAGCGAGACACUGCCGUGGAGGCAGCGGCCCUGGGAGACCAGGGCGGCCAACGCCAUCGACCCCGUCGACCAGACGCGCGGCAAGAAGCCGAGCAUCCAAAACGGCCCCGGCGAGCGAGCUCGCGACGACAAGCGGGGCAACCGGAACGGCCCCAGGGAUUGCGUGCGCGGCACAGCCCAGGGGCCGACGAUGACGUCGCCGGCGGUGUCGUCGCGCGACGCCGCGGAGGAGGACGGAGACGACGCGAGCACGGUCGGCGUGGAGCCCGAGAGCUACGUGCGCCUCAAGCAGCGGCAACAGGAGCGCAAGCGGCGAGACCGCCGCCAGCAGGACACGCUCGCGCAGAAUGCCAAGCUCUGCCGCCAGUACCGGGAGAAAAUGUCAAGCCGGCAGUACCAGUCGAUGCUGCAGGAGCGGAGCAAGCUGCCUGCCUGGGAGGAGCGCGAGCUCAUCCUGGAGCUGCUGCAGUUGCACCAGGUGCUGGUUGUCAGCGGUAUGACGGGGUGCGGAAAGACCACGCAGGUUCCCCAGUUCGUGCUGGACGCCUCCCUGCAGGGCUCGCCCGCGAACGUCUGCAACCUCGUGUGCACGCAGCCGCGCCGCAUCUCCGCCAUCUCCGUGGCAGAGCGCGUGGCCCGCGAGCGUGCCGAACGCCUCGGCAACAGCGUCGGGUACCAGAUCCGGCUGGAGAGCGUGCAGUCGUCGGCGACGCGGCUGCUGUACUGCACGACGGGCGUGCUGCUGCGGCGGCUUGAAGGUGACCCGAUGUUGCAGGGGGUCACGCAUGUUCUCGUGGAUGAGGUGCACGAGCGCACGGAGGAGAGUGACUUCCUUCUGAUGGUGCUCAAAGACCUCAUUGCCCAGCGGAGUGAUCUCCGCGUGGUGCUCAUGAGUGCCACGCUCAACGCACAGCUCUUUUCCGAGUACCUCUAUGGCUGCCCAGUCGUGCACAUACCAGGCACAACAUUUCCAGUGGACCAGUAUUUCCUUGAAGAUAUCAUUGACCUUACUGGCUACAUCAUUGAACACGGCAGCCCGUUCAUGCGUCCGGCCGUGCGCGGCGGCCCAGAUGGUGGCAAAGGGAAGGGCGCAAGUGCCAGUGGAGCAGGAGGGCGCCGAGGCAAAGGAGGUGGCAUCCUGGGACAACUGGAGGAAGAGCUUUCGCGCUCGCUGACUCUCUCGCCGAGAAACGCGGUGCCUGUCAAGGAAAAGGCUCCGGACCACACGCUUUCCAUCCAGCAACUGCACAGUCGAUACAUAGAGUGCAGAAUAUCCACAAUAAAGACACUUGCUGCCAUGGACCUGGAGAAAAUAAACCUGGACCUCAUAGAGGAACUUUUGGAGUGGAUCCUGGAAGGAAAGCACGACUACAAACCAGGAGCUGUCCUGAUCUUUAUGCCUGGAUUCGGGGAGAUAAAGACUCUUUUUGAGAAACUCCAGACGAAUCCCAUGUUUAACAACCGCCGUGGAAACAGGGCGCUGUUGCUGCCACUGCACUCGAGCCUCUCGAGCGAGGAGCAGCAGGCCGUCUUUAAAGCCCCGCCCGAGGGAGUCAUCAAGAUCAUCAUCUCCACCAACAUCGCCGAGACCUCCAUCACCAUUGACGACGUGGUCUACGUCAUCGACUGUGGAAAGAUGAAGGAGAAGAGGUACGACGCGGGCAAGGGCAUGGAGAGCCUGGAGGAGACGUGGGUGUCCAAGGCAAACGCCGUGCAGCGCAGGGGCCGAGCGGGCCGCGUCGCCUCGGGCGCCUGCUUCCACCUGUUCACAAGCCACCGCUUCGAACAUCUCCUGGACGAGCAGCAGCUGCCCGAGAUCCAGCGCGUCCCGCUUGAGCAGCUGUGCCUGAGAAUCAAGAUGCUGGACCUGUUUAAGGACCGGCAGCUGGACAGCGUGUUUUCACGGCUCAUCGAGCCCCCGGCGCCCGAGAGCCUGACGGCCGCCAUCCAGCGCCUGCGAGACCUGGGCGCGCUCACAGAGGAGGAGUCGCUCACGCCGCUGGGCUACCACCUGGCCUCGCUGCCCGUGGACGUGCGCAUCGGCAAGCUGGUGCUGUUCGGUGCCAUCUUCCGCUGUCUCGACCCCAUCCUCACAAUCGCGGCCAGCCUUGCCUUCAAGUCGCCCUUUGUCUCCCCAUGGGACAAACGGCAAGAAGCAAAUGCCAAGAAGCUGGAGUUUGCUGAGGCAAAGAGUGACCACUUGACCCUGCUGAAGGCUUACAAGGGCUGGCUCGGCGCGAUGAGGGAUCGAGUCCACGAAGGCCAUCACUUCUGCCGUGAGAACUUCCUCUCGUGGCGGACCUUGCAGGAGAUAUCGAGCCUCAAGCGCCAGUUCGCCGAGCUGCUCUCGGACAUCGGCUUCGUGCGCGAGGGACUUCGCGCGCGCGACAUGGAACGAGCGGCACGGCACGGCGGCGACGGGGUUCUCGAGACCACGGGGCCCGAGUCCAACUCCAACGCAGACAAUCUGAAGCUUGUGGGUGCCAUGCUGUGUGCUGCCCUCUACCCUAACGUUGUGCAGAUGACAGUUCCUGAGGGCAAGUUCCAGCAGACAAGCACGGGCGCCAUGCGGAUGCCUUCCAAGUCGGAGGAGCUGCGCUUCAUCACAAAGUCGGAUGGGCCCGUGCACAUCCACCCAUCCUCCGUCAACUUUCAGGUGCGCUACUUUGAGAGCCCGUACCUGGUGUACCACGAGAAGGUGAAGACGACUCGCGUGUACGUGCGGGACUGCAGCAUGGUGUCCGUUUACCCCCUGCUGCUCUUCGCGGGAGGUCAGGUGGACGUGCAGCUGCACAAGGGACAGUUCCUCGUGUCGCUGGACGACGGCUGGAUACGCUUUGCCGCCACCUCGCAGCAGGUGGCAGAGUUGGUGCGCGAGCUGAAGCAGGAGCUUGACCUGCUGCUGCAAGACAAGAUCAAGAACCCGACCAUGGAUCUGUCGACGUGCCCGCGCGGCUCGCGCAUCAUCGAUACCAUCGUGCACCUCAUCACCACGCAGUGACGAUGCUCUCGGUGGAGCGCUGCAAGUUUUUUGGGGCAAAAGGAUGCGCCCCUUUAUUUUUCGGUUUCUUAAGCGAAAUUCUAUCGUUAGUUACUGGGAAUAAUCCUGUUUUUUCCAAUACUGUCCAUGCCUAUAUUGUACUCUGUGGUCGAUUAAAUGUAUUUGUUUUGGUGUUAGAUUAAAAUGUAGCGCCGUGUAUGUAUGUUGGCACAAUUGCCUGUGGAAGCCUUGCACACAGCAACCCUGAUCUGUCAGGGAAUCGACGCUUUUCAACAAAGGCCAUGACAACUGCAAAUGUUGAUGUACGAGACUCGACUAAGGCUGUUAAUUUCAGUGGAAUAUGUUGUACCAAUAUUCCAGAAAGCAAUUAAGCCGUUCUGGGUUAUUAAAAUGCCUAACCCCAGAUUGGCAUUAAUUGCCUUGUUGGGGGAACGCCAGCAUUUACAAUGAGUUUCCCAGUACUCCAUGCGGCCCUGGUUUCUUUAUAUAUAUGUCCUGGAAUAACAAGAACAUCCAAUGUUAUUGUUUACAAACCUUCCAUGCUAGCAUAAUACAGCUUUUUGCAGUAUUAGGGAUGCUGAUAACCCACUUUUUUCUGCAUCUCUUUUGUCUCAAUAGAAUAACGCACAUUGAUAUUAUUUAUUCAGACAAAGGACGUGCUUUCUUUUUUGAGCAGGUCUCUUUGUAAAGAAAGAGAUAGUCCGUUUCGAUGGACCAUCGCCUUGUACUAAAUAAGUGAAUUCUCAAUAUCUGUGUUGGCUUGCUUAGCUACCAUUCAAUGGUGCCAGUCUAUAGAAGGCUUGAGCCGUUCGUGAACUCUGCGUUGUUUUAAAGUCAACUGCCAUUGUUGCAAUGCACCGACUCGCAACAGCUGUUUUAUUCUGACGUUAUAAAUUAAACCAAAUUAUGUUUUCGAUUUCCACUUAGAUUGCCAGUCUCUCCAGGGCACUGCCCACGAUGUAUUUAAACUCUGAAUAUUACAACCCAUGCUGACGGAUGUCUCUUUCCACUUACAGUAGUUACUGUGCCACGUUUCACUUAGUUGGCGGUCUUGUUCAUACAGUUAAAAUAGCUUAUAUGCACAGGUGAUGUGUCCAGGUCUUUAAUUGUUAAUUUGAAUACAAUGGCCGUUCCGUGUACAGCCCUUUUUGUCACUCCACUGCAGAAUGACACCCUCCAUGCGAUACGGCUCACGUGGGUUGUAUGUCCAUACUUCUCCAAAUUGGUCAUCGUGGGUUGGUGAAGGUGGUGAGCAUAGUGCAAUGGUCCCCUGCAGUAGGCUACAACACCUGUUGUUGUACACGUGGAGGUCCCCCAUACAAACACGAUCCGGGAUCAACCGUAAUUAGCUUCUGAGGUCUGACGGGAUUGAGUGUAUUCCGAGAGAAUUGGUCAUCCGUGGCACGCACCUACAUCACUUGAAAUUGUAAAAAAAAACGAAAAUAAGUUUGUGCUUAGUGGUGGGAAGCGUAAUGUUAAUUCCUCUUGACAGCUGAUACACUUUGCAGUAACUGAGAUAUUGGAGGCCACAGGGUUUGGUUUGAUGGUGUAAUCACGGUUUUGUAGCGUGACCCCAUUGUAACCUUUGGAAUAGUCUGCUCCUGCGAAUAUUCUUUGUAACCUUGUUUCUAGAAAUGAGUGUUGUUACAGUGUUCAGAAGUGAAAAAAAGUGCAUUUUCACUUUUUUAAACUCGUUGGCCUGUGGUCAUAGUUUUUUUUCUUUCCAAAAAUUGGUUGCAUACUAAUUAAAUAAUUUGAGAAUAACUCCGACGAAACACGAGACGGCCGUGUUGCUUGAUUGAUGCCAUCUGUCACGCUUCGUGAGUAUACAAUGUCAGACAAACUGCAUAACAAAUGAGUAAAAGAUUAACAUUCUACAGUGCGGUGUAUUGUCAUAAUUAUCAGUGAAUUUUUAAAUAAAGUACAACACAUUUCAUGUAA